CGAAUGAAUGAAUCAGACAGAAACGUGUACGGCGAAGUGCGGUCGGGUCGUCGAUUCGCAAGUGUUGCGCCGCGGUUGUCAAAUUGUAAUUGUUUUUUCCGGAACGCGUGUGUAAAUAAACACGAUAAAUCUUUUGAUUGCAAGUAAUCAUGAAGUGAUACAAAUGUUAGUUUGAAUCGUGUCGAUUUACAGUGGAGCGUUUAAAUGUAAACCGUAACCGCUUCUCGCAAUGACAAGGGAGAGCACUCGGUUACCUUUUGAGAAACCGGAGGCAUUAAAAUGUUUCAUGUGGCCUAAUUGAUGCCUUUUCCUUACCGAUAAGUGUAUUGGUUGCAUAUAAGGACUAGUGUGAUUCGUUCAGUGACGCUUGGGAGUAAAUUGUCGUCGAUAAUCGUCAGUCGUUUACACGUUGAAAAAUGAGUGUUUUGAGUGGUUUGAGCAAAGCGGACUUGAAGACUGCUAGUGAUGGCCUGCUGGAGCUGUCCGAGGAGCGUCUGCGCAGCAUCAUGCGCUCGGAGCCCAUCACCGACGUCUACCAUGUGGAGCAAACCCCCUUCGCAAGGGGCAAGUUCGCGUCAGUCCGCAAGAUCCGGCACCUGGUGUCGGGCGUGGAGUACGCGGCCAAGUUCAUCCGCAAGCGGCGGCGCGCGGCCGACACGUCGCGCGAGAUCCAGCACGAGGUGGCCGUGCUGGCGCUGUGCGCCGGCUGCGAGCGCGUCGUGCGCCUGCAUGAGGUAUACGAGACCCGUUCAGAAGUGGCCAUAGUGCUCGAACUGUGCGCCGGCGGCGAGCUCCAGCGCUUGCUCGACGAGGAAGAGCGUCUGUCCGAGGGCGCCGCGCGACGAGCCCUGCGCCACGUUCUAGAGGGGCUUUCACACCUGCACGCCCGCCGAGUGGCACAUUUGGACCUGAAGCCACAGAACCUAUUGCUGACCGCUGGCGGAGAGGAGCUGCUCAUCUGCGACUUCGGCAUCAGCCGCGCCAUACAGCCGGGGGCGCAUGUGCGCGAGAUACUGGGCACUAGGGAUUAUGUUGCGCCAGAGAUCCUCUCCUACGAGCCUCUAACCCUGGCCGCAGACAUCUGGUCAGUCGGCGUGCUGGCCUACGUCCUGCUCAGCGGGUACUCGCCCUUCGCCGGAGACACGAAGCAGGAGACGUAUCUGAACAUAGCGCAGUGCCAGCUGUCGUUCCCGCGCGACCUGUUUCGCGGAGUGUCCGCCACCGCCAUCGAGUUCAUCAGAGACACGCUCGUCGUGGAUCCUAAGGGUCGUCUUACAGUAGAAGAGUGCCUGGAGCACGCCUGGCUCAAAGACGACUCGGACAUCCCGCCGGUGAUUGUGGGCGUCGGCUUCGCCACGGACGCGGCCAGCGAAGAGGAGGCUGAUGAAAACGACGAGCCGAAUGUCAACGGAAAACAAAAUGGCGUCCAAAAUGGCGCCGUGACCAACGGACACAAUGGCGUCUGCAAUGGCGGUCACGCGGCCCGUGACGAUGAUAAAGAAGAGGCAGAGGCGCGGCCGGCCACCCCCCCUCCUACCAACGGGCACUCUGAAGAGGAGCAGGAGCGGGAGAAGCCUCUCAAACACCCGCACGCGCGCGAGCACUCGCCGCCCUUCCCCGACGCGCCCUCCACGCCCAAGGUGCUGCGCAAGUCGCACCCGCCGUCCGUGCUGGCGCUGUGCAAGAAGUUCCAGCCCGACUACGAGAAGCCGUCGCGGCUGCACGGCGGCGGGGAGUGCGCGUGCGCGCCGCCGCCGCCGCUGCCGCCCGACCGCGCCGUGCUGUGCUAGCGCCCCCGCCCCGGGGACAGACGCUGCCAUCUCUGUCUAUGACAUGUGGCCCCCGCCAAGGCGCGCCGCACGUGCAAAAGCAACUCUUAUAAGCUCGGAAUACAGGCGACCCUGUGUCCAACAUCUAAGAACACGUUGAGUAAGCACGGCGCGCCCCCGGCCGGCCCCCCUGUCCCCCACUAACACUUGUGCCACAAGAAAUUAUUGCUAAACCUGUUGAAUGUAAUAGGCAGUCGCGUCCCGUCAGUGAUGUAAAUAAAAUAAGUAGUUAAGUACUUUAGAGUUACUCGAGUUGUAUAUUUUUAU